AUGUCGCAGCAGCCGGCAGACGCCAACGCGCCGCGGGAGGAGGUAGGCGGCGGCGGCGGCGGGCGGCGGCGCCAGCCGGCCCGGGCGCGCUCGGCCGAGCUCUGGGAGGGUCGCUUCGCGGAGGAAGCCGGCGCGGGCCGGGUGGCCGCCGACCCCGAGGCCGCCGCCGCCGCCGCCGCCGCCGCCGCCCGGGGCCCCGACCCCGCCGCCUUCCCGCGCCCCGAGCGCGACGCCGCGGCCGUCGGGCCCGACCUGGCGCCCGCGCAGCCCCCGAUCGGGGAGGAGGUGCCCAACGCGCACGGCGGCCGCUUGAGGGGCUUCAACGAGCCCAACUGGGUGUUCAUGGACGUGUGUCGCGCGAGGGAGGUGGCCCAGGAUGCCAGCUGGCAGGCGCGCUAUCCCAACGUCUAUCUGGAUUAUUUCACCUUCAUCGAAGAUCUCUUCGCCUCGGUGGCGCUGAGCCGGCUGGCGGCGGAGCUGGGCUGCGACCGCCUCAAAGACCGGGAGUAA